UACAUGCAAACCAGACAGGGACACGCUGCAGCAACAGCAGCAAACUCACUCUCUUGCUCCUGAGAAAUAUACGGUGGAAUGGGACCUCAGUAUUUCCCUGGUCGGACGGUGUUGUUCAGAAGGGAAGCCAAUGGCGUCACAUUCAGGAUUCCUGCCCUGCUGUACAUUCCCAGCUCCACCACCUUCCUGGCCUUCUCUGAAGAGCGGCUGAGCCCCAACGAUGCAGAGGCCAACCUGCUGGUGCUCCGGAGAGGCACCUUCUACCGGAACUAUGUGGAGUGGGAGGACAUGAGAGCCCUGUACCCUGCUUACCUGAAGAAUCACAGGUCGAUGAACCCCUGCCCAGUCUUUGAUGAGUUCACCGGCACUGUCUUUCUGUUCUUCAUCGCGGUGCUGGGAAACAUCCCCGAGUCGUUCCAGCUCAUCACAGGGAAGAACGUCACACGGCUCUGCUACAUCUCCAGCCCCGACCACGGCCGCACCUGGAGCCCAGUCACCGACCUCACUGACAGAACCAUCAGAGACUCCAUCAAGGAAUGGGCUACAUUUGCACUGGGCCCAGGUCAUGGGAUCCAGCUCAAAUCUGGCCGUCUCCUAAUCCCAGCGUAUGCCUACCACAUCGACUGCAAAGAAUGCUUCGGCAAGAUCUGCACCACCACCCCUCACUCCUUCACCUUCUACAGCGACAACCAUGGCAAGAGUUGGCGAUUCGGGGAGUUCGUGCCCAACUUGGAGACGGUGGAGUGCCAGCUUGUCUCUGUUGAUGAGGAAGACGGCACUAAUACAUUGUACUGCAAUUCCAGGAGUCCUUUGGGCUACAGGGUACAGGCCCUCAGCAAGGAUGAUGGGGCUGUGUUUCUGGAGGGACAGCUGGUGCAGAAGCUGGUGGAGCAGCCCCACGGGUGUCACGGAAGUGUAGUUGGAUUUCCGGCCCCCAUUCUCGAGUGUGGUGACACCCAAACAGCAGAUCCCCCAAAUGGUCCAGUUCGUUCGUUGAGUGCUAUCCAUGGAUGUCGUCCAUCUCAGAACGGAACACCUCCCCUUCCCGGUACAAACUUUCUGCCCCCAACCUGGGUUAUUUACUCCCACCCCAGCGACCCAAAUGCCCGUGUCCAACUGGGCAUCUACCUCAGCACCUUUCCCAGGGACCCAGACAGCUGGUCUGAGCCGUGGGUCAUUUACGAGGGCCCAAGUGCCUACUCAGACCUGGCGUAUGUGGAGCUGCCGUCUACAGAAGCGACCCACAAUGACCCCCCUGCUGUGGCCUUUGCCUGCCUCUUUGAAAAUGGCUCCAAGUCGCCUUAUGAGGAAAUUUCGUUCAGUAUUUUCACCCUUUAUGAACUGAUUAACAACAUUCCCAAGAAAUCGGACCUGAGUCACAGAGCUCUGAAGCCCACUAAACUGCGGAAUUAUUGUGUGGUGGCAUAGCUGUUUGCUGAGUCUUUCUCGAGGUGUGUUGCAGGGAUAAUACAGAGCCACCUGUUCUGUACCUCUUCUCUGUUUCAACCUUGAUCUGUUGUUGAAAGUGUAACCCUGUUACAAUUCUUGUGUACAGAAGGCAAUGGGAUUAAGAAAUGAGUGUUAACAGGAAGUACCGCCUUGAUUGACUUUAGAUACCCUGAGAAGGAGAUGAGAUCGUCCAUCUGGUGAAAGUCGCAUGGGGAACUCGAGAUUCUUGAUUGCUGGACUAACUAAAGUUUAUCUCACUCUGAAAAGUUUUGCACUCUUUAUUCAAGAAGUCUUUAGACCAGAGACCGAUGACGAUUUUCUUUUAAAGAAGGGAAAAAAAACCCUGGUUGGGUUUUUUUUUCUGGAGUUGAAUUCUCCUGCAAAGGAGUGGCGAGCCUACCUUAUUGAAGAUACACUGAAGAUUUCUACCCUGAAAUUUACUUUUUUCCUUUUCCUGGAUUUUUUCUUUUGGAUUUCAAAGGACUGUUUUCAUUCUUCUCGAAGUUCUACAGAGUGGUAGGAACAUCGACUCACACUACAUACACACCAACAAGGACAUUGGUUUUAAUUAGAACUUCUUAUUUCAAACUAAUUAUUUUAGAUAAGAGGUACUGAAUAUAUGUUUAUAUGGUACACCUUUCUGUCUUAAUAAAUGUAUGCCAGCUAUUUGAAAAAACACACACUGAAUAUUCUUUUGUUAAUUUCUAGUUAUACUAACCGCUCAUACGAACCUAGAAUUAGAUGUAGCCAAAGGUGGGUUACAAAAGGAACAUGCAAAGGGCUUUUAGAAAUAACAUCAAAACAGCCCAGAAGCAUUUUUUUAAUUGUUUAUUUAAAAAAUAGAUUCAAAAGUGAUGUACAGACAUUUUACCCACUUCUGGCCAUUGAGUAUUGGGUUAAUAGAUAUCUAUGUAAAAAAAAACACAUGAUUUCCCACUGAAUUGUAUAUUUCAUUAUCUGCACAAAUUAAUACUAAUUAUUUUUAGUGAACCAAUGUCUGUACAUUAUCAUUCUUUCUUAAUCUCCAGAAACAUUUGAAUUCCAAAUUGUAACACUUUACAAUAACUAAUGAGAAGUAAAAUAUUAAUUUGAUAUAAUAUGACUCAAAAUUAAAACAAAGGAUACACACAAGUAUAGUGUGUGUCCCAACAGAUUGUAGCUGGUGAUAUGCAUAGGCUGUGUAUAGAAGCUAUAAUCUGUAUGUGUCCAUUUCACAUCUCAAUACAACUCCAUGAAACAGUUAGCAAUGCGAUAUCUCAGCCAGGGAUGAAUGCCCACCACAAAAAAAUGGAAACCAUUGUGUUUAAAUUGGAUUCUCUGCUAUUAACUAGGUUCAAAUCUGAAUAACUUUACUCAAUUUUAACUCCUAAAUACACCAGAUUGUAAAAAAUGAGUAUGUUGUAUGUAGAUCUGAAUAAAAAUAUUCUGUUAAUAAAAGGCAGGAGAUACAGACAUGAACAAUGUUAAGUUUCAUUACAAACCCUGUCUUCUUUCAUGUGAAAAAUACAAAAACAGAAAAAGAGUCACACCAAACAGAGAGAACGUCACUGGUGGACACCU